AUUUGCAUGCAUUGACAGCUCGUUGCUGCUGCCUGAUUCUGAAUGAUGACAGAACAGGACUUAGCGGAUGUCGUUCAGAUUGCUGUGGAGGACCUGAACCCAGGUCACCCAGUUGUGUUGGAAAAUCACGAAGUGACAGACGAAGAUGUAGAUCCACCUUUAAAGCGCCCCCGGAUAGAGAUUAAUUGCCAGGAUCCCUCAAUUAAGUCGUUCCUGUAUUCCAUUAACCAGACGAUCUGCCUGCGCCUGGAUAGCAUUGAAGCGAAGCUGCUCGCCCUUGAGGCCACCUGCAAGUCCCUGGAAGAGAAACUGGACCUCGUCAUGAAUAAGCAGCACAGCCCCAUCCAGGUCCCCAUGGUGGCAGGAUCCCCGCUCGGUGCUACACAGACGUGCAACAAAGUCAGAUGUGUCGUCCCUCAGACCACCGUAAUACUUAACAACGAUCGCCAGAAUUCCAUUGUAGCCAAGAUGGUGGGGCAAGAAGAACCAUUGAACAGAGCAGCAGAUUCACUGGAGAAUAUCCUUAGCAAUGCUGUUCCUGGACGUAGACAGAACACCAUCGUUGUGAAGGUCCCAGGGCACGAAGACAGCCACAACGAGGAUGGGGAAAGCGGCUCUGAAGCCAGCGACUCGGUCUCCAACAGUGGCCAGUUGGGAAACCAGAGUAUCGGGAACAACGUUACUCUCAUUACACUGAACUCCGAAGAGGACUAUCCUAGUGGAACGUGGCUGGGAGACGAAAACAACCCCGAGAUGCGGGUGCGUUGCCCCAUCACGCCCGCGGACAUGCUGCACAUCAGCACCAACUGCCGCACCGCUGAGAAGAUGGCGCUGACGUUGCUGGAUUACCUCUUCCACCGGGAAAUCCAAGCCAUCUCCAACCUCUCCGGGCAGGGGAAGCACGGGAAGAAACAGCUAGAUCCUCUCAUGAUUUACGGCAUUCGCUGUCACCUUUUUUAUAAGUUUGGCAUCACGGAAUCUGACUGGUACCGGAUCAAGCAGAGCAUAGACUCCAAGUGCCGAACGGCUUGGCGGAGAAAACAGCGAGGCCAGAGUCUUGCCGUGAAAAGCUUUUCGAGGCGCACCCCUUCCUCAUCGUCAUAUAGUGGCUCAGAGAGCGCUCAAAGUACGGCGUCGGCCCCAAACGAGAUCCAAGCAAACCAGCCACAAGCUCUGCACUAUGCUCUGGCCAACGCCCAACAAGUCCAGAUCCAUCAGAUAGGAGAGGAUGGACAAGUCCAAGUAAUCCCGCAGGGUCACCUCCACAUCGCCCAGGUGCCACAAGGAGAGCAGGUGCAGAUCACGCAAGACAGCGAGGGUAACUUGCAGAUACAUCAGGUUCAUGUCGGACAAGAUGGGCAGGUGCUACAGGGUGCUCAGUUGAUUGCCGUCGCAUCCUCCGACCCUGCAGCUGGUGGCGUUGACGGAUCGCCGCUCCAAGGGAGUGAUAUCCAAGUCCAGUAUGUCCAGUUGGCGCCCGUGACGGACCACUCGGCUGCGAAUCAAAGCGCAGAUUCCCUCCAGUCCGCCAUCCAGCCAGAAAUGCAAAUAGACCACGGAGCCAUUCAGAUCCAGUGAGAGGGAGCCAAGCCACGGGAGAGCAGCAGCCCCAGAUCGACAGUCUCAGCCGGCAACUCUGGACUCCAGCCAAAGAGCCUGGCUUCUCUGCUUGGGGGGUGGGGGAUGGACGAUCUCACUGGCGUACCCUGUACAUACAAGCGUGGCCCACCUCCGUGGAUCUGGUCGUCGUGACUCACAUGCAGACCCAUCGAUGAAGGUGCACCCCGGAGCCCCACGGAUGGUGGCGGGAGCUGCCAUAUUUUCACUCCAGGAGAAAAAGACUCCAAAUACGUGAGGUUUAGCCAUACUCCUUGUUUUAUAAAGCAAAUAAUCUUGCAGGGGGCGGAACCUAGUUAAAUUAAUUAAUCAAGCCAUUUACAAGCAUUAACAUACCAUUCUUGCAUUUGUUCUAUGACUCAUACUCCUGAAAGCGUGUAGAUACCUUAUCGGACACACGGCUGUCUUGCAGCACAGACCCCUCACCACACCAAAAGAAUCAA